CACAGAGCUAUCAGCUGACGGGGAGUGCAGUAGUAGAAAAUGCAGAUAUACAGAAGUAAAAAUCUGCUUUGACACACUGAUUUGUCUGUUAAUGUCUGUAUAUUAGCAGCGAGGAAAAACACACGACUUACCAGGAAGUGGAGGAAACUGCUGGCAUCUGGAAAUAAUCAGAGGAGGGUGGAAGAAGUUUGUCUCUCAACAAAGAGUGAGAAAUGGGCAGUGACUACCAACCACUGUCUUCUGCAGAAUCAUGUACAAGUUUGUUUAUAGAGACAUCAGAGUGCUUUAUAUGCAGGGAUGGUGAACUUAAAGCUAGCGACCCACUGAGGAAUUUCUGUGACUGCAAGAAUUUACUUGCCCAUCACGUGUGCCUAUCCACAUGGAUCCAGAGGGGAUGUGGGAGUGAGGACAGGCUGCGAUGCAUCAUCUGCAAGGCCAAGUACCAGCUGCAGUGGAGUUCUCCCUGGCAAUUGGUGAGCUUCCAGUGGCGGACGUGGCUCGUGCUGAUCACCGUGUUUGUGUUGCUGGCACUGGUGCCUUAUGUUGUUUACUGCAUGAUGACCGCCUUCACCAACCCUGCUCCUCCCAUCACCUUUAAAAUAGCAGCAGUCGCUUUUGGUAUACUGACAGAGAUCCUGCUCAUCAAGUUUCUGUCAAGCUACCUCAGCGGUCGGUACCGGCACGCUCAGCAGAGCUCCUUCACCGUCCGGCCCAGAGGCUCUGAGGAGGACAGAAGCAGCUCGGGCCGCUGGGAUCGGUCCGAGGCCGCCUCGGCAGUGGUAGGUCACGCUUCGGUGGCGGCCUCACCCACUCAAGUGGAGGAGAGGAAAGUGGAUGUGUUGCAGAGUGGAUGUCUAGGCUUGUUCUGAACCACGAACAGGAGGAGUUUACAGAACACAAGGCGAGAGUAAAUCCUCUGGGUAUUAGAUGUGUCGAACACCUUAUUCAGGUUAACACAUCAGUAUAUCAGUGUAGCAUUUAUGAGAUUUUACACUUUAAACCUGUUUUUGAGGUGUAAAAUAUUCUUGUUUUCCUCCAUGUCAGUCCUUACACCCUCAGUGUUCAGUGAAUGUAUUCACACAUAUUGCAAAUUGAUGAUAAGGAAGAGAAUGCACGCAGCUUGCAUGAGUGUGUUCAGGCUUAGCAAGAGGGGAAAAAAAAAAGCCUGAAAUCACUCUCUUUCCUUAAUGAUGCCCACACAGAGACAAUGGGGCGCCGCUCUGAUUAGUGUCACCUGUCCUUGUGCAUCUCAUCAGCUCCAUUAUGGCUCCAUCUCCCUUGCUUCUUCUGCUAAUUGAAUAGCCCGUGAAGUGGUGACGAGGACGGGGGCGAGAGCAGCGUCUGUCCCGCUGCUGCUUCAGAAAUGAGAGUAAAGCUUCCCAGGGAGACACUAGUUCUUAAAACAUAAACCAUUAUCAUACAGACAGAAAAAGUGUUAACAAGUAGCCCUCAUGUCGUAUUAACAUCAUGUUGACUGCAGAGUAUUUUCGUGUAUAACAGCUUUGAAUUAGUAUCUACUGUAUACUUCAGAGGAUGCAGCACUUCUUGUGUGAAGUGAAUGAGGUGCUUUCUUGCCAACAGUUGGUUGAAAAGACUGUUAGUAGCACAGGAAGCUCCACAGAUUAAUCUGUUCAUCUGUGUGACUUAACCCUCUGAUCUCCCAAGCAAGUUUCUAGAUGUUUUUUUUUUUUUUUUUUUGCUCUUGUCACAUUUUUUACUCAGAGCAAUUGCUUUGAUAUAUAGUACUACACCUCUACAGAAACGGUAAAGAGAAUUUUUUUUAAUGACUCUGUUGAGUCACACAUGUUAAAAUGCAAUAAAUUACAAAAACAGAAUAUUUAAAUUAUUUAUUUUAUAAAAAGCAAAAAACUCAAAUCCACAUACCGAACAUUUUUCCAAGUGACCACCACUGUUGCCUAAAUUGAACACUAGUGACUGUACUCACUAAAGAUAUUUAUCUACUUCCAUUUUUAAUUUGUGUUCAUGUAUGUCUCCUAUGUGCUCAGUGUAAACACAGCCUGCAGUUCAGCCGAAACGGCCCCGAAUUUUUGUCUUGUGAAUGUUGGUUACGGCUCACUUCACAGGUUUGCUGAGGAGCAUAGAUUAUUUUAUAUUUCUUGCAAUUUCUUUCAGGAAAAUCUGUCUGGUGCUGAUGUUUUGUUGUGUUUUUUGUCAAGGUUUUUAAUGCGACAUGUAGAAUAGUGAUUUUAUCGCUAUUGAAAUCACAAGCUUAGAUUAGAUCAAUGUUUCUGAUGGAACCAGAAGUCACAUAAUUUGUUCAAUGACUGUCAGAAAAUUGAAAUCUAACAGUUUGUUUUGACAGAGAGUCAAUUUGCUAAUUAAAUUGUCCUUGUUUCCAGGAUCCUUCAAAAUAUCAGGAAAUUUACUGCAGAACAACUCAUUUGGUGGUUUAGAAUAGAAAAAAGUAGAAUAGAAAAGGCUCACAGAGGUCUGCAGGUCCCUCUGCAACAGCUUUAUUUUGAGCUGUUAUCAAUCAUUAGCAAGUACCCUCUUUAGUUCACAUGAGCUAACUAAUCAAAACAAACUGAUCAGAAAAAAUGUGAACAAACAGCAUGAUACAAAGAACUUUGUGAUAGAAAUCAGUUUUUUUUUCUUUUGAGGUGUGCUUUGGUUUUCUUCAUUUGUCACCUUCGCUAACAAGGAGGAUGUGGGGCUUAUGGCAUAUCCUGCAACCUGCCCCCAAAUCACAAUAUUUUGGGUUUCAUUCUGGAAAACUGUAGUAUUGUCCAUAUUUAUAAAUAGGGUACAUUUGAAUUCUCAUACUCUCAUUUAGUAGGCUAGAAAAUGAUUCUAUAUGUCUCAGUAUAUUAGCCAGCAUGCUUUCCUGGCUGUUCAGAUGCACAACCCUCCGCAGUGGAAGACACAUCGCGAUGUCUCGCUCACAAAACAAGCUUGAGCUGCUAAGAGCACAUGGGCAGGUGACAACUCAUUUCAGCAUUCAGUUUUCAUUAGAAUUUAUGAAUACUAUGCAACAGUACAUACUUUGUAGAUGUAGUUGUAGAACUUACUGAAAGUAAAAACACAGAGUAUGUAAUGUGAAAGACAAUUAGUAGUAGAGAGUAAUUUAUGCCUUCAUGUGACCCCUCCCCAGCUCAUAACUCAGGUUUCCUAAUUUAAAUUUGUUGUCUAUACAUUCGAGCCAAGAUCCCACAUUGGCAAAACAGAUUUAACCCUGAUGACAUCAUCCAGGUUGUUUCCUCAGAUCUGGCAAAGCUCCUCCAAAGCCACAGAAAACCUCAUGCAACUGCUUUAAUUGUUGUUCUCUGUUUGCUGUAAACAAAUGCUUCUCUAUAAAUGUAGUUCAUAAGAAACUGCCUUGUAUAUGAAAUAAGUGAAUGUUGUUACUGUAAACCAUUAUUGAACCACUGUGUUGUUCUGAAGCUUUUAUAUAUGGAAGCAAAUAAAAAGUGAGGCAGGCCUCUA